UGAGUUGAGUGGUUCCCUGGAAACAAUAUCCAGCACAUCAUCCAAGGGAAAAGAUGACCAUGAAAAACAGAGAAAGAAAGAAGAGCAAGCAAAAAAGAAGCAGGAGGAGAAGGAGCGCAAAGAAAAAGAGAGAAAAGAAAAAGAAGAAAAAGAUAGACUGAGAAAAGAGCAGUUGGAGCAAAAGAAAAAAGAGAAAGAAGAGGAGAAAAAGAAGAAAGAUGAGGAGAAACGGAAGAAAGAAGAGGAGAAAAAGAUGAAGAAGUUUUUCAAUUUAAAAGGAAGUGAAUCUCCGGUAAAACAGGGUACUGCUAUCAACAGUUACUCUGGCAAGGAAGAGUCACAUGACCUCGCUUUCAUAAAAGGCGAGUUAUUGUAUAUCAUACGAUUUGAAGGAAACCCUGAGGGAAAAUGGUUGGCCAAAAACAAGGAAGGAAAAUAUGGUUAUGUUGAAAUAACAGACGUUUACUGUGAUGGCGAUGGUGAUGACGUCUAUGAUGAAGCGAUGUCAAAUGAAAUUCCAGAAGAAAGUGAUGGUGAAGGUGUUACUGAAGAAGUGUACGAAUGCGUUGAUUUAUAAGCAAAGCAAUGUGAAGACGAAGAUAUUACACAUAACCUUUGACCUUCUGUAAUUACCUGUAUCAUAUCAGGUUAAAAUGCAGCAUACGUGCAUGAUACAAGUAAUGUUGUAUUUAUAUAUACAAAUUUAUUAGCUACUGCACUGUUUUUAAAUCCAUAUUUUAAAUUGAGAGUCAAAAUGUAUAUUUUUGAACAUUUUGAUAUGUGAUAAAAAACACGUAGAAACAUGGCGCACCAAUUCAGUCGUAUUUACAGCAUAGAUGCAUGUUCAGAAUUGUUUAAACUAACAGAUGUCAUUCUUAUUAUUUUGCUUUUUUUUUUCAAUGAAAGCAAAUAAGCAUUUUUUAUAUUAUUAUUAGCUACCGG